AUGAAAGUAAAAUCCAGAUUUCCGAUCACAAUCAGCCUGUUCACCGUGACGUUGAGCGUGGCCCUGGCCCUUGCUGCGACAAUCAUAUCCUAUACCCAUUUUGCCAACCGGACCGCAGCCCUGACGGCUGGGCGCGAGCUCAUGGAACGGUCCGCCGAGGUCGUCCGCCUGCGUACCGGGUCGCUGAUCGCACCGAUCGACGCCAUCGCACAAUACUCCGGAGACUGGCUGGACGUGACAGCCGUUCCAAAAGCCAGCGGCCACCCCGCCCGCAAGCGUCUGAUCUCGUUCCUGUCCGCCAUGCCGCAGAUUGCGAAUAUCUAUAUCGGCUACGAUGACGGCAGCAACUACCUGAUCGGCGCGGCCCGCACGCGGUCCAAAGACCAGCUGAAAGAAAAAGGCGCACCGCAGGAAACGUCCGUUCUUGAACAGAUAAUCCUGCGCGGUGACAGAAAGAGACCCAUCCGCAUCGAGCGAUUUCUGGACGAAUACGGCGACACGCUGUCGUCAAAUUCCAGUCACGAAAUUUCAUAUGAUCCAAGGGAACGGCCCUGGUACCAACUGGCGCUCGAAAGCCCGCACGUGGCGCGCACCGACGUUUAUAUUUUCGCAGGCUCCAAGGAGCCCGGUUUCACGGUGAGCAAGCGGCACGCAAAUGGUGUCGUGGGUGUCGACAUCACGCUUGCCGACAUCGACCUGUUUCUCGAUUCCGAACCCCAGGCGGAGGCAGGAGUGCUUGCGAUCAUCAACGAGGACGGCACACUUCUGGCAAACUCGUCAAUCGGCGACGGCAGCAUGUCGGGAGAUGACCGAAAGGCGGCCCUGUCAGCGCUUCGCAAGCAGGCUCUCAACCCCGACCACGACAAGGUCAGGACGAUCGAUGUGAACGGUCAUCCCUGGAUCACACACCUGUCUGCCAUCGAACUCGGUGCCGGUACGCAGGAAAAUCUGGCGAUCGCCCUUCCCCUCCGGGAGGUUGUCGGCGACAUCACCCGCGCGUCUCAGCGUACAAUCGCAGUGUCCGUCUUCAUUGCGCUUUGCAGCAUCCCGCUGGUCUGGCUCGUCUCCCGGUCGCUGUCACGUCCGCUCAAGGUUCUUGCAGCGGGCACGCAGCGGAUCCGGAACUUCGAUCUCGAUCAGCCUUUUCCGCGAUCCUCGAUCAUUGACGAAAUCUUCAAGCUGGAAACCGCGCUGGAUCAGAUGCGCACGUCGCUUCAGACUUUCGGCAGAUAUGUGCCGAACGCCCUGGUCCAUCAGAUGAUCGAGCGCCAGGAAACGCCGGAGCCAGGAGGCGAAAGGCGUGACAUCACGGUUCUGUUCAUGGAUCUGGAGAACUUCACCGCCAUGUCUUCCCGGCUUCAGCCAGAGGAAGUCAUGAACCGCAUGUCCCGAUACUUUGAAAUUGUCACGCAGACCCUCCUGGCGCAUGACGCAACCAUCGACAAGUAUAUAGGCGAUGCCGUCAUGGCGUUCUGGAACGCGCCGAACAGCGUCGAAGACCACCCGGCAAAGGCGUGCCGGGCGGCGCUUGCCGUUAUCGAGGCCUGCAAGGCCGAAACAGACUCAUGGUCCGGCGAAGGACUGCCGCAGGUGCGAACCCGAAUUGGUUUGCACACAGGAGAUGCCAUUGUUGGCAAUGUCGGCAGCUCGGACCGAUUGAACUACACAGCGCUUGGCGACACGGUCAACCUUGCUUCCAGGCUUGAGGCACACAACCGGCAAACCAAAACCAGCAUCCUGAUCAGCCCGGAUCUCGCCAGACGCGUUGAAGGAGCCUUUUCCAUCAGGUCGGUCGGUGAAGCGAAGAUCAAGGGUUACGACAAAGCUGUGAGCGUCUUCGAACUCAGGUCAUGA